AUGGAGAGUCAAAAAGUACAUAUUCGUCAUGUAAUGCUUUGGGAAUUUAAACAAGACAAUAGUGCUAAGGCGACAGCUGAAAAAAUAUGCAAUGUAUAUGACGAACCGAGGCCGGGACGUCCUUCCGACUUUGACGACAACCUUUUAAAGGUAAUAUUGGGGCAAAAUCCACGUCAAUCAACAAGAAUUAUAGCAGAAAGGUUGAAUACAUCACAAGCAACUGUUAACCGCCACCUGGAGAAAUUAGGUAAAGUCAGCAAGUUAGGAGUAUGGGUACCUCACAAUCUCAAUGAACGGAAUAAAGAAGAUCGCAUGUCAAUCGCCACAAGUCUGCUCUUACGUGUAAAAAUUGAGCCUUUUUUAAACAGAAUUGUAACAGGCGAUGAAAAAUGGGUUUCCUAUGACAAUAUAGUACGCAAAAGACAGUGGCUUGAUAAGAAUCAACCACCUCUACCAGGUCCGAAAGCAAACAUCCAUGGCAAAAAGAUUUUAUUAUACGUUCAGCAGUUGCAAAGAGUGCAAAAGAAACUCCAUGAAAAGCGUCCUGCACUCGUCAAUCGCAAAAGCGUCAUUCUUUUACACGACAGUGCGCGACCACAUACAACUAGGGUGACUCAAAAAAACAUUCUUGAGCUUGGAUGGUCUGUUUUACCACAUCCACCUUACUCCCCGGAUCUUGCCCAGACAGACUACCAGCUUUUCUGUUCCUUACAAAACUUUUUGAAUGGAAAAACCUUCAAUUCUGAAGAGCAAGUCAGGCAGACUGUCGAAAACUUCUUCUAG